CUACCCUUAGAAUAGGUCCGCCUCUGUCAGACCUUUCUUGAAUUCUGGUAAAAUUGAAAAGAACGAGUUCUUGCAGAUGCCGGAAAAGAAGAAGUCGCCGGCGCGACUCCCGGCCCUUUAUCGGGAAGGAGAAAUGAUUUCGCCGGUGGAAUUCUCUAGAAGAAUUCGCUCCAGGUACCCCUUCAUCCCAUGCCCUCCACCACCACCGCCGCCACCACCGCAACCGGAGAAUUCAGAUGGCAAUUUUGACGAAUUUGAUGAAUGGGUCCGGUCCAAGGAGAUGGCUGUGCUUUCUCAAGAUUCUGCAGGACCCUCCACAGCAUCCUCUGCUUCGCCGGGGUUUUUGUCUGAUCCGGUGGUCAAAGGCCUGUUAGACUGCGCCAGUGUAGCUGAUUUGGAGCCGGAAAGUGCGAAGAAAUUGCUGCAUCAACUCAGAGGUUCGGUUCCCCCAGACGGAAAUUCGAAUGAGCGAUUGGGGUACUAUUUCCUGGAGGCCCUUUCCAGCCGGAUUCUCAAGAAACCGGCGAGGGUUCCCCUGGCGUUAGACUCCUGUUGGGAGGAGUUUUCCAUAUCAUACAGAGGGUUCUACCAGAGAUGUCCAUAUUUGGAAUUUGGGUUCUUGGCAUCAAAUAUAGCUAUUCUGGAAGCCUCAAAGAACUCUGCAAGAAUUCAUAUAAUCGAUUUUGGGAUGUUUCAUGGGCUUCAGUGGGAGGAUCUUUUACCGGCUCUGGCCGGCCGACCCGCCGGGAAACCCGAGAAUGUCAGGAUAACGUGCAUUCCAUCUGCUCUCAUGGGAAAGAGCGCCGCCAGAAUUCUCCAAGGGACGAAAAGGCAUCUCCAUGAUUUUGCCAGAGUUUUCAAGAUGAAUUUGGAGUUUGAAUGCGUGGAGAUGCCGAUCGAGGAGCUAAACGGGUCAAAUUUGCGGGUCGACCCGGAUUACUUUUUGGGCAUCAAUUUCAGGCUGGAACUCUUCAACCUCUUAGACGAUAUAACCUCAGAUGUACCGGCCGCCUUUAAGCUGAGCAAGCGACUGAAGCCGGACGUGGUGACGCUGGGUGAGUACCCAAACCGGGUCGGGUCAGGACCGACCCGUUUCAAGAACACCCUCCAUUUCUAUUCUUCGAUAUUGGAGUCUCUGGAUCGCAGCCUGCCCACAGACGCACCCGGAAGGCUAGAGCUGGAGCGAUUGAUGAUCCGCCGCAGGAUUUUAGUGACGGUGGGUUUCCUAGAACCGCCGGCCCAGUUGGAAGAGAAAGAACCAUGGAUGUUGCUGAUGAAAGCUGCAGGGUUUGAGGCUUUACCCGUGAGUGAUGACACAAAGGUUGAAGCACGCAUUCUCCUCUCCAAAAAGAAGUACAGUCAAUCAUAUGGCUUAAUUGAUUUUCCGGUGGGAUGCCUAUCGCUAGCAUGGAACGGUGAAGCUAUCUUCAGUGUUUCUUCGUGGCACUGAUCUUUUUGCCCCACCCCCCAAAAAAAAAAAAAAAAAAGAAGAAACGGGAAUAAACAGAAACAAAAAACACAGUAAAUUUCUUACUCGUCU